AUGUCCACUCCAGAUCCACCCCUGGGCGGAACUCCUCGGCCAGGCCCUUCCCCAGGCCCUGGCCCCUCCCCUGGAGCCAUGUUGGGCCCUAGCCCAGGUCCCUCCCCUGGCUCUGCCCACAGCAUGAUGGGGCCCAGUCCGGGACCUCCCUCAGCAGGACACCCCAUCCCAAGCCAGGGGCCUGGAGGGUACCCUCAGGACAACAUGCACCAGAUGCACAAGCCAAUGGAAUCUAUGCAUGAGAAGGGCAUGUCGGAUGACCCCCGCUACAACCAGAUGAAGGGGAUGGGGAUGCGGACAGGGGGCCACGCAGGAAUGGGGCCUCCACCGAGCCCCAUGGACCAGCACUCCCAAGGUUACCCCUCACCACUGGGUGGCUCCGAGCACGCCUCUAGUCCGGUUCCAGCUAGUGGCCCAUCCUCAGGCCCGCAAAUGUCGUCUGGACCAGGAGGAGCCCCGCUGGAUGGCACUGACCCUCAGUCUUUGGGGCAGCAGAACCGGGGUCCAACACCAUUUAAUCAGAACCAAUUGCAUCAGCUCAGAGCUCAAAUCAUGGCCUACAAGAUGCUGGCCAGGGGGCAACCCCUGCCUGACCACCUGCAGAUGGCAGUGCAGGGCAAGCGACCGAUGCCUGGGAUGCAGCAGCAGGUGCCAACACUACCUCCACCCUCUGUGUCUGCAGCAGGACCUGGCCCUGGCCCUGGCCCAGGCCCUGGACCAGGCCCAGGACCAGCACCUCCAAAUUACAGCAGGCCCCAUGGUAUGGGAGGGCCUAAUAUGCCACCCCCAGGACCUUCAGGUGUGCCCCCCGGUAUGCCGGGCCAACCCCCUGGAGGACCCCCCAAGCCAUGGCCUGAAGGACCUAUGGCGAAUGCUGCUGCCCCCACAAGCACACCUCAGAAGCUGAUACCCCCUCAGCCUACAGGCCGUCCCUCACCGGCACCCCCUGCCGUCCCGCCCGCUGCGUCUCCUGUGAUGCCGCCCCAGACGCAGUCGCCAGGGCAGCCAGCUCAGCCUGCCCCCAUGGUACCGCUACACCAGAAGCAGAGCCGCAUCACCCCCAUCCAGAAACCCCGGGGCCUGGACCCUGUGGAGAUUCUGCAGGAGCGGGAGUACAGGCUUCAGGCUCGUAUCGCUCACCGAAUUCAGGAACUUGAAAACCUACCUGGGUCACUGGCCGGGGAUUUGCGAACCAAAGCAACUAUCGAGCUCAAGGCCCUCAGGCUGCUGAACUUCCAGAGGCAGCUGCGGCAGGAAGUGGUGGUGUGCAUGAGGAGGGACACGGCCCUUGAGACAGCCCUCAAUGCCAAGGCCUACAAGCGAAGCAAGCGGCAGUCCCUGCGUGAGGCCCGCAUCACAGAGAAGCUGGAGAAGCAGCAGAAGAUUGAGCAGGAGCGCAAGCGCCGGCAGAAGCACCAGGAAUACCUCAACAGCAUUCUUCAGCAUGCCAAGGAUUUCAAAGAAUAUCACCGAUCUGUCACAGGCAAAAUUCAAAAACUUACAAAGGCAGUGGCCACGUACCACGCCAACACAGAGCGGGAACAGAAGAAGGAAAAUGAAAGAAUCGAGAAGGAGAGAAUGCGGAGGCUCAUGGCAGAAGAUGAGGAAGGGUACCGGAAACUCAUUGACCAGAAGAAGGACAAGCGCUUGGCCUACCUCUUGCAACAGACAGACGAGUACGUGGCUAACCUCACGGAGCUGGUGCGGCAGCACAAGGCAGCCCAGGUUGCCAAGGAGAAAAAGAAGAAGAAGAAAAAGAAGAAGGCAGAAAAUGCAGAAGGACAGACACCUGCAAUAGGACCUGAUGGCGAGCCUCUGGACGAGACCAGCCAAAUGAGUGACCUGCCUGUGAAAGUGAUCCAUGUGGAGAGUGGAAAGAUCCUCACAGGCACGGAUGCCCCCAAAGCAGGGCAGCUGGAGGCCUGGCUUGAGAUGAACCCAGGGUAUGAAGUAGCUCCAAGAUCUGAUAGUGAAGAAAGUGGCUCAGAAGAAGAGGAAGAGGAGGAAGAGGAGGAGCAGCCGCAGCCAGCACAGCCUCCCACCCUGCCUGUGGAGGAGAAGAAGAAGAUUCCAGAUCCAGAUAGUGAUGACGUCUCUGAGGUGGAUGCUCGACACAUCAUUGAGAAUGCCAAGCAAGAUGUUGAUGAUGAGUACGGUGUGUCCCAGGCCCUUGCUCGUGGCCUGCAGUCCUAUUAUGCCGUGGCUCAUGCUGUCACCGAGAGAGUGGAUAAACAGUCAGCGCUUAUGGUCAACGGCGUCCUCAAACAGUACCAGAUCAAGGGUUUGGAGUGGCUGGUGUCCCUAUACAACAACAACCUGAAUGGCAUCCUGGCCGAUGAAAUGGGCCUGGGAAAGACCAUCCAGACUAUUGCACUCAUCACGUACCUCAUGGAGCACAAGCGCAUCAAUGGGCCCUUUCUCAUCAUUGUACCUCUCUCAACGCUGUCAAACUGGGCUUACGAAUUUGACAAGUGGGCUCCCUCCGUGGUGAAGGUGUCCUACAAGGGCUCUCCAGCAGCUAGACGGGCUUUCGUCCCCCAGCUCCGGAGUGGCAAGUUCAACGUCUUGCUAACAACGUACGAGUACAUCAUUAAAGACAAGCACAUCCUUGCGAAGAUCCGCUGGAAGUACAUGAUCGUGGAUGAAGGCCACCGCAUGAAGAACCAUCACUGCAAGCUGACACAGGUCCUCAACACGCACUAUGUGGCUCCCCGCCGCCUUCUGCUGACAGGCACGCCGCUGCAGAACAAGCUCCCUGAGCUCUGGGCGCUCCUCAAUUUCCUGCUGCCCACCAUCUUCAAGAGCUGCAGCACCUUUGAGCAGUGGUUCAAUGCGCCGUUUGCCAUGACUGGAGAGAAGGUGGACUUAAACGAGGAGGAGACCAUCCUCAUCAUUCGUCGCCUCCACAAAGUGCUACGGCCCUUCCUGCUCCGGCGGCUCAAGAAGGAGGUUGAAGCUCAGUUGCCUGAAAAGGUGGAAUACGUCAUCAAGUGUGACAUGUCUGCUCUGCAACGUGUGUUGUACCGGCACAUGCAAGCCAAAGGGGUGUUGCUGACCGAUGGCUCUGAAAAGGACAAGAAGGGCAAAGGUGGCACCAAGACCCUGAUGAACACCAUCAUGCAGCUGAGGAAGAUCUGCAACCACCCGUACAUGUUCCAGCACAUCGAGGAGUCCUUUUCCGAGCACCUGGGAUUUACCGGUGGCAUCGUCCAAGGGCUGGACCUGUACCGAGCCUCAGGGAAAUUUGAGCUCCUCGAUAGAAUUUUGCCCAAACUUCGUGCCACCAACCAUAAAGUGCUACUCUUCUGUCAGAUGACCUCCCUCAUGACAAUUAUGGAAGAUUAUUUUGCGUAUCGUGGCUUUAAAUACCUCAGGCUCGAUGGAACCACAAAAGCAGAGGAUCGGGGCAUGCUGCUGAAAACCUUCAACGAGCCCGGCUCCGAGUAUUUCAUCUUCCUGCUCAGCACCCGGGCCGGGGGGCUCGGCCUGAACCUCCAGUCGGCUGACACUGUGAUCAUUUUUGACAGUGACUGGAACCCCCACCAGGACCUGCAAGCGCAGGACCGAGCCCACCGCAUUGGGCAGCAAAACGAGGUGCGCGUGCUCCGCCUCUGCACAGUCAAUAGUGUGGAGGAGAAGAUUCUGGCUGCGGCCAAGUACAAGCUCAAUGUCGAUCAGAAGGUGAUCCAGGCUGGCAUGUUUGACCAGAAGUCCUCCAGCCAUGAGAGGCGUGCCUUCCUGCAGGCCAUCCUGGAGCACGAGGAGCAGGACGAGGAAGAAGAUGAAGUGCCCGACGACGAAACUGUGAAUCAGAUGAUUGCCCGGCACGAAGAGGAGUUUGAUCUGUUCAUGCGCAUGGAUCUGGACCGCAGGCGUGAGGAAGCCCGCAACCCCAAGCGGAAGCCACGUCUGAUGGAGGAGGAUGAGCUCCCCUCAUGGAUCAUCAAGGACGAUGCGGAGGUGGAGCGGCUGACCUGUGAGGAAGAAGAAGAGAAGAUGUUUGGCCGUGGUUCCCGCCAUCGCAAGGAGGUGGACUACAGUGACUCACUAACGGAGAAGCAGUGGCUCAAGGCCAUCGAGGAGGGCACGCUGGAGGAGAUCGAAGAGGAGGUUCGGCAGAAGAAAUCAUCGCGAAAACGCAAGCGGGACAGCGAUGCCGGCUCCUCCACCCCAACCACCAGCACCCGCAGUCGAGACAAGGACGAGGAGAGCAAGAAGCAAAAAAAGCGCGGGCGGCCACCUGCUGAGAAACUCUCCCCCAACCCUCCAAACCUCACCAAAAAAAUGAAAAAGAUUGUGGACGCUGUCAUCAAGUAUAAGGACAGUAGCAGUGGACGUCAGCUCAGCGAGGUGUUCAUCCAGCUGCCCUCCCGCAAGGAGCUGCCCGAGUAUUACGAGCUCAUCCGCAAGCCCGUGGACUUCAAGAAGAUUAAGGAGCGCAUCCGCAUCCACAAGUACCGCAGCCUCAACGACUUGGAGAAGGACGUCAUGCUGCUGUGCCAGAACGCGCAGACCUUCAACCUGGAAGGCUCCCUGAUCUACGAAGACUCCAUUGUCCUGCAGUCCGUUUUCACCAGCGUGCGGCAGAAAAUAGAGAAAGAGGAUGACAGCGAAGGCGAGGAGAGCGAGGAGGAGGAGGAGGGCGAGGAGGAAGGCUCGGAGUCUGAGUCCCGCUCGGUUAAAGUGAAGAUCAAGCUGGGCCGGAAGGAGAAGGCACAGGAUCGGCUGAAGGGGGGCCGGCGGCGGCCAAGUCGUGGGUCCCGGGCCAAGCCGGUGGUGAGUGACGAUGACAGUGAGGAGGAACAGGAAGAGGACCGCUCAGGAAGUGGCAGCGAGGAAGACUGA